AUGCGCGCAACGGCUCCGUCCCCAUCCACAGCUCCACCAACAGCCCGGCGUCCUCGCCUGACGGCUGUCUGCAUAUCCGACACUCACGGCCUGUAUCAGGAGCCGGGACUCAUCCGGGUACCUAGAGGCGACAUGUUGCUGUUCCCCGGGGAUGUGGAGGUGGGGACUGCUGCCGAGGGGUUGUCAUUCUCGCGCUGGCUGGCCGGUCUCCCGGUUGAGGGUCCACGGGUCCUCACCUGGGGCAACAUGGACACGGGGACACCCGCGUCUUUACCUCAGAUGGGGUACCGCAUCUUUGCGUCCCCCUUCACUCCCCGCUUUGCCGGAGCCUAUCAGCUCGACCUGGACAGGGAAGCGUCCUUCGCGUACUGGUCGGCCCUGCUCCCCCCCAACGCUGACGUGGACAUUAUACUCACGCACGGUCCACCGUACGGCAUCGCUGAUAAAACCGGCGGGAGGCAUCGUGGCGACGUGGGCUUGCUGCGUGCCGUACAGGUGAGCAGUUUGAGCGUGUGCGUGCCUGUGUCGGCGUAG